AGUGCAAGCUAGCUAGUGGAGUCGUGCACUUCAAUGAAUCAACACUUGGCAGAAGGAGUUGCUGGGUACGGUGGGAGCGUUUGGCAGCUUGUGGUUUACUUGAAUGCCCAUCUUGCUGUUCUUGACCAUCCGUACCAGCGUGUGAGGUCUUAGCGGUGGCGUUACAUGUUGCUGCUGGACCGUGUGUUUAUUCUCUUCCACACAUAAUGACCGACAAACCUCUGCUCUUUAUUCACAAUCAAGGAAAAUCCCAUUUAUUUUUUCCUGCCACUUAAAAGACUUUUAAUUUCACCAGCACUCUAGUUACUACAACUUUCUUUACACAUUCGUUGUAUUUCCAUAAUGAGACUUGAUUGUACUUGACUCUUCAUCCCUUGUUUAUUUUUACUUUUGUUUUGUGUUCUGUAUUUUCAAUUUACACCGGCUGCCUUUUUGACAUUUUAUUUGGAAAUAUGGGGGUAAAUGCUAUACACUGGUUCAGAAAAGGACUGAGGCUCCAUGAUAAUCCUGCCCUGCGGGAGUGUAUACAGGGGGCUGACACUAUCAGAUGUGUCUACAUCCUGGAUCCGUGGUUUGCAGGCUCAUCCAAUGUGGGGAUCAACAGGUGGAGAUUUCUUCUACAAUGUCUUGAAGACCUUGAUGCUAAUCUGCGAAAAUUAAACUCUCGUUUGUUUGUAAUCCGUGGGCAGCCUGCUGAUGUAUUUCCCCGGCUCUUUAAAGAAUGGAACAUUACCAAGCUGUCGAUUGAAUAUGAUUCUGAGCCAUUUGGAAAGGAGCGAGAUGCAGCCAUUAAAAAACUUGCUAGUGAGGCUAAAGUGGAGGUCAUUGUACGCAUUUCACAUACUUUAUAUGAGUUGGACAAGAUCAUAGAGCUUAAUGGAGGGCAGCCACCGUUGACAUAUAAAAGAUUCCAGACCUUAAUCAGCAAAAUGGAACCACUUGAGACACCAGUAGAGACCAUCACUACAGAAGUGAUGCAAAAGUGUACUACACCUGUAUCAGAUGAUCAUGAUGAUAAAUAUGGUGUUCCUUCUUUGGAAGAACUAGGGUUUGAUACCGAAGGAUUGCCAUCAGCUGUGUGGCCUGGGGGAGAAACUGAAGCUCUCACUCGUUUAGAGAGACACUUGGAGAGGAAGGCAUGGGUGGCGAACUUUGAAAGACCUCGAAUGAAUGCAAAUUCUCUGCUUGCAAGUACUACUGGACUUAGCCCAUACUUGCGUUUUGGAUGUUUAUCUUGUCGUCUCUUCUAUUUCAAAUUAACCGAUUUGUACAAAAAGGUAAAGAAAAACAGCUCGCCGCCUCUUUCUCUCUAUGGGCAGCUACUGUGGCGAGAAUUUUUCUACACUGCAGCAACUAACAACCCUCGUUUCGAUAAAAUGGAAGGGAACCCAAUUUGUGUUCAAAUUCCUUGGGACCGAAACCCAGAGGCCUUGGCCAAAUGGGCAGAAGGACGGACAGGCUUUCCAUGGAUUGAUGCAAUCAUGACACAGCUUAGACAGGAAGGUUGGAUUCAUCAUCUUGCUCGACAUGCAGUGGCUUGCUUCCUCACAAGAGGAGACCUGUGGAUUAGCUGGGAAGAAGGCAUGAAGGUGUUUGAAGAACUGUUACUUGAUGCUGAUUGGAGUGUUAACGCAGGAAGUUGGAUGUGGUUAUCUUGUAGUUCAUUUUUUCAGCAAUUUUUCCAUUGCUAUUGUCCAGUUGGUUUUGGAAGAAGGACUGACCCCAAUGGAGAUUACAUUCGGCGGUACUUGCCGAUUUUAAAAGGGUUUCCACCAAAGUAUAUCUAUGAUCCCUGGAAUGCACCCGAAAGUGUACAGAAACUUGCAAAAUGUAUUAUUGGUGUUAAUUAUCCAAAGCCUAUGGUAAAUCACGCUGAGGCAAGCCGUCUGAACAUCGAAAGAAUGAAGCAGAUUUACCAGCAACUUUCCAGAUAUAGAGGACUAGGUCUUCUUGCAUCUGUUCCAUCAAAUCCAAAUGGAAAUGGAAGUGGGGGGCUUAUGAGUUACUCUCCAGGGGACAAUAUGUCAGGCUGCAGCAAUAAUGGAGGAGUUCAAAUGGGAACCAAUGAAGGGAGCUCAUCAAAUAACCAAAAUGUUAACCAGGAGGACACCCACUCAGGGGCCGGAGGAGUUCAAGGUUACUGGCAAGGGAGCAGUAUGCUGCAUUACAGUCACGGUGACAGCCAGCAGUCUUACCUAAUGCAAGCCAGAAACACUCUGAGUCCAAUGGUUUCUUCAGGCAAACGGCCAAGUCAAGAAGAGGAGAUACAAAGUGUUGGGCCGAAAGUGCAGCGCCAAAGUAUCCAUUAACAUGCUGCUGGAAUCUGCAAAACAAACCGAAGCAAUGUUCACUUUCAUAGUAUUGAAUUUGUAUGUAAAUAAAAAAUAGGGAAAAAAAUGAAAGACUUUUCUCAAACAGUUCUGAAUUAUUGUAAACUAAUCUGUUUGUGAAAGUUUAACUUAUCACUGCAUUUCUAUGGUUUUUACCUUUUUACAUAUUUCAGUACAUUUUUGUGUAAAUAUUUCUGUAAGUAUUUGGUGACGCUUAUAAGCUUGUAAAUAAAAAAUAUCUAUGAAUUAGA